UGUUAUGUUUGAACAUUUUCAUUCAGCAUGGCAGAAUAUCAGUAUGUUGUGCUUUUUGAGGCAAACAACCUCUCAGAUGGAGAAAUGAAAAAGAUUAGAAAUUAUUUUAAGAUCAAGCGGCAGUCUGGCGGAGGAGACUGUGGGGAAGUGAAAAAGGUGGGAGACAACACCUAUAAGAUAAACUUCUUGGAAAAAGAAGCACAAUACAGAGUAUUAAGCAAAACCGAUCACAUAAUCAGUCUUCCUGGACGAGGAGAUGUACACAUCGUCAUAAAACACCAUAAUAUUAAAAAAGAAAAACAGCAUCUGCUACAUUCCGCAUCCGAAAAACAAGUCACCGGAGAUACACCUAUGCAGAAAAUUUUUAAACUGGACCCAUACUUACUAAACUUUCUGAAAGACAAUUCAAAAACAAAGUCAGAUUUAAAUGAUCAGCUCUCCUCUUUGCUAAGCAGCUUUAAGUUAGACAUGGUUACUGAGACAGUAGUGGUAAUAAGGGAUGCAGUUCAAACCGGUCAAAAUGAUGUCCAGCAGAAGUGGGAAGAAAAGAUGGAUAUAGUGUUCUCAGACCUGCAGCAUCGCUAUAUGAUCCAUUUUGAGGUGGAUCCUAAGAGGCUAGAGAUUCUACAAAAACAAUCUUUCCAAUUCACACAAAACCUUGGGAUUUAUAAAGAAAAAGGUUUAGCAGUGAUAGUUGGAGAAAAAAAUGAAGUGCAGAAGCUUUUAAAUGAUAUAGAUGCUUUUCAUUUGCAACAGCAAACCUAUAAAGAGUUUGAGACACAUUAUGCACUUGUGAAGGAGCGGUUUGAGCAGAAGAUGAAGUCCGAUUAUCCAAAGAUCCGGAUUACACAGGCGCGACCUGGCACUCAUGUCCUAAAGGGUCCUGAAGAUCAAGUCCAUUCAGCAGAAAAAAAGCUUAAUGAGUUGCUGAAUCAGAUUAAAAAGGAAAGAAUCCCAUUGCCUCAUCCUAUUAAAGCAUUUUUGUCAUCUAGUGGUGCUAUUCAGAUCUUUCAGACACGAUUUCAGGAGAAUCUCUGCAGUCCAGUUUUGAUUGAGGCCACAGGCUCUGGCUCAGAUUUGGUUCUGCUGAGUUUGUCCACAGGUGCACUUCAGGAAGCAGCAACUGCAAUACAGAGAGAUCUGUGUAUGGAGAUGCUGGUGCUUGAGAAAGCUGAAUCUGAGUCACCAGGAAUCGAUGCUUUGAUACAGGCUUUGAAUCCUGCAUUACAACAGGCUAAUCAUGGAACUUCUAAAGUGGAAAUUAGCUACGAGCCAGGACCAGUGUCUGACCCCAGAAUGAGGGUUCAACUGGUGGGCUACAGCCCUGAAGUCAAUAAAUUAAAAGAUAUUAUACAGGACCACAAGCAAAACUAUGCAGAACACAGCGACACUGUGCCUCUAUUUUCAGCAGAACUAGUGGAUAAUUUAUCUGAACUUCUGUCACUACUAGAUGUGGAAGCAUCUGGUGUAAAACUAAUGGCUUCAUCCUCACCGUCCCCAUGUGUCAAUGUCUCAGGACCUCGGUGUAAAGUAAUUGAUAUGAAGAAGAAACUGCAGUCAUUAUUUAGCCAUCUUACAUGGAAGAAAACUUCAGUCAAUGGUCCUGGAGUCCUGCAGUUCUUUCAAGAGGAAGGUUUAAACACACAGAGAUCACUACAGAGUUCCUGUCAGGUUUUGAUAACCCUCAAAAAUAAUGUCCAAACAAGUGCUGCAACAGCCAGAAGCAUGGCAUUUAGCAGUCUCCCUACCAUACCUGCUUCUGUGUCACAUCCACAUUACUCUGUGGCCGUGGAAAUUGUAUUUGGAGGUCUUGAAGUUCAGCAGGCCGAUGUACUUGUUGCCCCCAUGUUGAGUACACACUUGACCUCAACAAAUGUUGGGAAAGCCUUACUUAAAAAAGGAGGGCAACAACUGAAGAGAAAUUUUGAUUCUGCCAAAAGAAGAUUCAGAAUUAGACCUGGAGAUGUGCUGGAGGUAGAUGGGACUCCACUAGGGUGCAAAAAGGUUUUCUUUAUUGAAUGCUUAUCUUGGGCUGGACAUGCACACAACAGUGAACAGGCAUUACGAUGUGGAAUUAAACAAGCUUUGGCACUUUGUGAACAGCAGGCAUGGAGCUCAGUUGCUUUUCCGGUAAUUGGAACUGGAGAGCCACUGGCUAUGCCUGUACAAUAUGCCUCUAAUAUUCUGGUUGGAGAGAUUGAGACUUUUGGCCGGGCUGCAUCCACUAGUUCUCUCAGGACCAUACGAAUUGUAAUAAUGCCUAAUUACCCAGAUUCCGAAAAGAUAUACCUGGUAGUUAGUUCUGGGUUAACUGCAAUAAUGGUGGAUCACACAGGACAGGCUGCCUUACAGUCUCUAAGCUCCGAAAUUGAUGAAAUCACCAUCCCAUUAGCCAGAUGUCAGGUCCAUCUGAUAUUUGGAGACAUUAGCAAUGAGACUACUGAUGUCAUUGUAAACACCACAGACUUUACUGACUUACAGACAGAUGUGUGCAAUGACAUCCUGACUAUUGCUGGACCACAACUCAGGGCUGCUAUAACAGGAGUGCAGGUAGAGAAAGGAAAAAUCUUUAUCACCCAGCCUGGAGAUUUCCCUUGCAAGGAGAUUAUGCAUGUGUGUGGAGAAAAAGAUACAGGCAUUAUUAAAACACUGGCCCGAGAUAUCCUGCUUAAAUGUGAACAAAGUGGCUACCAGUCAGUAGCCAUUCCUGCUAUUUGUGCUGGGAAAGGAGGGUUAGAUGCCCGUCUGGUUGCUCAGGCUAUUCUCCAAGGAGUGAAGGAUGCUACAGUACAAGCUAACCUCAACUAUGUUAAAAGAAUUCACAUUGUUCUGAAGAAAAUCCAUGUCUUUUUGGAGUUUAAAGCAAUGGCACAACAGAUUUUUGGAAGAUUUACCCAGAAAACAGCUCCUUUGUCGUUAACACCUUUCAGAGCAGCUCCAUCUUCCUUAACCCUAGACCAUACCUCUCUUUUGCAGUCUCUUCCAGAUCAGCAUAUCAAAGCUGAAUUUCUUGUAGUGGGGAUAAUUAAUGAUAAUGUCUCAAGGGCAUGUCAAGAGCUUCAACAGGCAUAUCAAAGCCAAUGCUCUUCUCAAUAUGUUUCACAAGAUGAACUUAAACAACUCACUUCAGCUGAAAUUGAUGAUAUUCUCAAUAAUGUGAAUUCUCUGGGUAUUCAGAUAAGCCAGCAAGGCCCUAAUGGGAUGGAGGUUAAUGGACUGACAAAAGGGGUAAAUAAAUUCAUGCAAAUGAUACGAGGGGCUCUUGUCAGAAAGAUGAAAGAAAAGGAGCAGGACACACUUUUUUCCAAUGUCAGCUGGUGCAUUUUGGGAUUAAGAGGAAUCUGGGAGCGGUUACCUAAAGAGGCUCAUCAUCAGCUGGAAAACAAAAAUGUUGCAGGAGGGAUACUGGAUGCACAAGCACAAAAAUGGACUGUAAAUCUUACGAAAAUGGAGGCCACAGCAAUUGGGUUUACAGCUGUGGCAAAGCUCAAAAGACUGGAGAACUCAUCAGAUUUCUUUUUUCCACUUUACUGGGACUGCAUGACCACAGGGGAAGUUUUAAAGGUGGUUCCUCUGCAGCCCAGCUCUGCUGAGUACAAAAGAGUGAAAAGUGACUUCAAGAGAACAGUCUCAAAAGCAGUUGUCAAGAUUGAACGUAUUCAAAAUGUGAAUCUGCGCCGGGCUUACGAAGUUCGUAAGAAAGAGCUGCAGGACAAGAAUGGGACAGAUGGGGCAGGAGAGAGAGUCCUAUACCACGGGACCACAGUCGAUGCCUGCGCUUCUAUAAAGAGCAUUAACUUUAACCGCAGAUUUGCUGGACAAAAUGGAACAUUGUAUGGACAUGGGACAUACUUUGCUGUUGAUGCCAGCUAUUCUGCUGAUCCCAAAUAUUCUACACCUUCCCCAGAUGGGACGCAGCUCAUGUUUGUGACACUUGUCCUAACGGGACGUUACACAGAUGGAAAUAGUGACAUGAAGGUUCCACCUCCUCGCUCAUUACAGGACCCUAAUGACAGAUUUGACAGUGUGGUCAACAACAUGCAGAAUCCCAGCAUGUUUGUGGUGUUUCAUGACUGUCAGGCUUACCCAGACUACCUCAUCACAUUCAAAUGAGGGCACAGCUGCAGUGCAUGGUUAGAUUUCAUAUGAUCUAUAGAUCAUAUUUUUUCUACCAGAUAAGCUGAGACUGAUCUUUGGGAUUAACAGUAGGUAACAGCUGACUUAAAUGCUUAAUGUAGACUGUACUGCUUCAGUAGAUCAAUAAGAUAUCCCAGAGCAAAACAAUUUAUAUGUUUAAACAUCAUAAUCAGGAUUCUGUAAUACUGCUAUGUCUAGAUCUUUACACACAUGCGUAAUCCUAAAAUGAAACAUUUUUAGUUUAGCUGCAUUUCUCCAUGUGUCUGUGUUCCCAUAAUUUGUCAACUGGAUUCACAUUGUUUAAAUAUGAAUAUGAUAAACCCCCCUCAAACAUUAUGAUUUUGUUCAGAAAUAACAGAGCAAUGUAGAAGUUAACUGAAUUAUCUUGAUUCUGUUCAAAUCAUCUGCUUCCACCUAACUCUAUCCUCAGCAUCCUCUACUCUCACAACAGUUAACUUCAUGUGCCGUUUUAACACAUCCAUAUAUCUUCUCUUUCGCCUUCCUCUUGACCUCUUACCUGGCAGCUUCAUCUCCAACAUCCUUCUACCAAUAUAUCCACUCUAUGUAGCUUCUCUGACUUUGUCCCCAAAACAGCCAAUCUGAGCUGACCCACUGAUGUGCUCAUUCCUAAUACUGUCCAUCCUCGUCACUUCUAAAGAAAAUAUCAACAACCUCAUCUCUGCCUCAUGUCUUUCCUCACCUGCUGUCUUGUACACCUUUCCAUUGAUUCUUGCUGACACUCUUCUGUCACUCAUCACUCCUGACACUUUUCCCUACCCACGGAAGUAUACUACGUGAUGUACAAUGUAUGAGCGCGCUCCUUCUUACCUCUUCCAGCCCCGUAUGUAGAACAGUACUGUACACCAACAACAUAAAUCGCAACGGCAAAAUACACAGCAGAUAACUUUCUGAAAACUUUCCGAAAACUCUCCAACCAACAACCCAACAAUGAGUUGACACGACGGUCACGCUUUUAUGGCUGCGGACUUCUUCCGGGGCGGUGUCCGUACGCUGCGUCUCCGCCCUGCACCAACCAGUAUUGGGUAAACUGCAUCGCGCUCAUGCAGCCAAUCCGCUGUAUCACAAGCAAUUAAAACACACCUGCAAAAUACGUGCUCUUUCUGGGUAUGAAGCCAUUCUGCUGCUCACAAGUACACACAUGGACAAAUUUGUUGGUACCCUUCGGUCAAUGAA